UUUUCUGCACACCCGGGGCUGGGCAGAAGCGGACGGGUCGGUGCUGCGUGUUCUCCCGCCUUCAUUUCCCAUCGUGCUGAGGCGGGUGGCAUGGCGGAGAAGGAUGACACCCGAGUUUGACGAAGAGGUGGUUUUUGAGAAUUCUCCACUUUACCAGUACUUACAGGAUCUUGGACACACAGAUUUUGAAAUAUGUUCUUCUCUGUCACAAAAACAAGAAAACAGCACAGCAACAGAUGGAGAACAAAAGCUUCCUACAAGUGCCCUGCCCAAACAAGGUAUCCUGUUAAAAGUGGCUGAAACCAUCAAAAGUUGGAUUUUUUCUCGAUGCAAUAAGAAGGAUGACUUACUUCACAAGUUGGAUCUUGGAUUCCGACUCGAGACACUAAAUACCAUCCUACAACAGGAAGUCCUGUUACAGGAGGAUGUGGAGCUGGUUGAGUUACUUGACCCUAGUAUCCUGUCUUCAGGGCAACCUCAACAACAGGAAAAUGGACAUCUUCCAACACUUCGCUCCCUGGCAACCCCUAAUGUUUGGGAUGUCUCAAUACUAUUUGCCUUCAUCAGUUUGUUCAUUAUGCUUCCUACUUGGUGGAUUUUAUCUUCCUGGCUGGUAUGGGGAACGAUUCUCUUAGUUUAUCUGAUCAUAAAAGCUUUGAGAUUAUGGAGGACUGCCAAACUACAAGUAACCCUAAAAAAAUACAAUGCUCAGCUAGAAGAUACAGCAGCAAAUAGCCGAGCUUUUACUAACCUGGUGAGAAAAGCUUUACGUCUCAUUCAAGAAACUGAAGUGAUUUCCAGAGGAUUUACACUGGUCAGUGCCGCUUGCCCAUUUAAUAAAGCUGGACAGCAUCCCAGUCAGCAUCUCAUCGGUCUUCGGAAAGCUGUCUACAGAACUGUAAGAGCCAACUUUCAAGCAGCAAGGCUAGCUACCCUAUAUAUGUUGAAAAAUUACCCCCUGAACUCUGAGAGUGACAAUGUAACCAACUACAUCUGUGUGGUACCUUUUAAAGAACUGGGCCUUGGACUUAGUGAAGAACAGAUUUCUGAGGAAGAGGCACAUAACCUUACAGAUGGCUUCAGCCUGCCCGCAUUGAAGGUUUUGUUCCAACUCUGGGUGGCACAGAGUUCAGAAUUCUUCAGACGAUUAGCCCUAUUACUUUCUACAGCUAAUUCACCUCCUGAGCCCUUACUUACUCCAGCACUUUUGCCUCAUCAUAUUUUAUCUGACGUGACUCAAGGUCUACCUCAUGCUCAUUCUGCCUGCUUGGAAGAGCUUAAGCGCAGCUAUGAGUUCUAUCGGUACUUUGAAACUCAGCACCAAUCAGUACCCCAGCGUUCAUCCAAAACUCAGCAGAAAUCAAGAGAACUGAAUAAUGUUCACACCGCAGUACGCAGCUUGCAGCUUCAUCUGAAAGCACUACUGAAUGAGGUAAUAAUUCUUGAAGAUGAACUUGAAAAGCUUGUUUGUACUAAAGAAACACAAGAACUAGUAUCAGAGACUUAUCAAAUCCUAGAACAGAAAUUAAAGUUGAUUCAGCCCCACGUUCAAGCAAGCAACAGUUGCUGGGAAGAGGCCAUUUCUCAAGUGGACAAACUGCUACGAAGAAAUUCAGAUAAAAAAGGUAAGACUGAAGUGGCAUGUGAAAACCCACGGUGUACUAUAGUACCUUCGAUGCAGCCUACUCUCCAUAUUGCAGACAAAGAUCCAAUCCCUGAGGAACAGGAAUUAGAGGCUUAUGUAGAUGAUUUAGACAUGGAUAAUGAUUUCAGAAGGGAUGACUUUUAUUACUUGUCACAAGAAGAUAGAGACAGACAGAAACGUGAGCAUGAGGAAUCUAAGAGAGUACUCCAAGAAUUAAAAUCUGUGCUGGGAUUUAAAGCAUCUGAGGCAGAAAGGCAGAAGUGGAAGCAACUUCUAUUUAGUGAUCAUGCUGUGUUGAAAUCCUUGUCUCCUGUAGACCCAGUGGAACCAAUAAGUAAUUCAGAACCAUCAGUGGAUUCAGAUUUGGGGAGAGUUGGUAAAAAUGAUACUGAAGAGGAAAAUAGUAAACCCUCCACAACUGACAAUGAAAUAAAUAAUAGGACUGAGUGUUUAUGUGAAACCCCUCUAGAAGGUAAAAAUAAAGACCAUUCUGCAAAUAAAGUCUUCCUCCAAGAAACUGAAGAAAGAUUGUGUUACCAUGGUGAGAGUGAAGAUGAAUCUCAGCAGGCAGAUGUAGGUGGCCUGGCCAUUGCCUAUCCAACUCCCAGGGACUCGUUACAGCCCUCCAUUAAGCAGAGGCUGGCACGGCUACAACUGUCACCGGAUUUUACCUUCACUGCUGGCCUGGCUGCAGAAGUGGCUGCUAGAUCUCUCUCCUUUACCACCAUGCAGGAACAGACUUUUGGUGAUGAGGAGGAAGAACAAAUAAUACAAGAAAAUAAAAAUGAGGUAGAGGAAAAGUAAAAACCAAGAUUCACAUGAGUAUUUUAAAUUUAAAAUUUCUUUUAUGAAUGUGUUUUAGCUUCAAGGCUAGAUAUUCCACUGGAAAGGGAAAUGAGUUUACAUUUACAACAUAUAAGGCUAAGAUGUGAAUUUACGUCAGUUUGAGCAACGGGUCUGAAAAUAGUAGUUACCUAUGUGUGGCAGAUCUUUUAGGAAAUAACAGAAAGGUAAGGGCUCUUUUGAAUAAACUGCUCUUUUAUUUGCAGCACAACUGAUCGAUCUCGGAAAUUCUUUAAGUACUUUUAAUAAGAAAUGAAUUCAUCAUUUCUUGCCAGAAUUUACUACCGGGAAAUGUCUGGGAUAAUUCCGUUGCAAGAACAUUUAAUAUGACUCCUUUGUACUGUAUUCUUGCAGUUAAUAACUGCAGCUAUUCUGUCAAUAACAAGUUGUUUGUAUUUAUUUUUGUUUAUACCAAUCUUAAAACAAAGAUACAGGUUCUAAAUAAAAAAAAAAUUGAGUUCAUACAAUUCAUGUGUGAUGAGGUUUGGAACAAAAAAGUAGUUUCAAAAGUACUUGGGUAAUGACAUGUUUCUUAUGUUUCCUUGUGGAUGUGUACAUUCAGCAGGUUUUUUAGAUGUCUUUUUAGAUGAUCUUUAAAAGAAAAAAUUGUACCAUUUUAAGAAUUACCCUUUCAAUUUUUUUGGUUUCAUCUUUUUCUGUUCUUGUUGUAAUUGAAAGAGAUGUCGUCGAAGUUGGAUCCUGGUGUCCAGUGCCCUAUCCAUAACUUUGUAGAAAGCGCUUUUAUUCAGUUUGGCUACAGAUAAUUGGGUACCAUUAACACAAACAGGUCUAGUUGCUUUUUAUUUCUAGCCUGAAGCUAUACCAUCUCCACCUUAAUGAGAUUCUGGAAGCAUCUUGUCAGCUUCCUGAAGAACAUCUUUAGCUCCUUAGUACUUAAUUUACAAACUGCCUCUUAAAAAGGUUGCUUUCCAGUUAUACAGUGUCAUCUGUUUUGUGUUGUGAUUGCAUUUUCAAAGAAUGAUAUUUUCAGGAGUAUAAUGUUUUUUUUGAAGCCUAUAGCUCUUCUACACUGACAUAGUUUAUAGACAUUAUUUGGGGAACCUGUAGAAAUAAGUUAAUUUAUGCUGCUGUCCUGAAAACUACAUGAUAAAUCCAGAUUAUCUUUAGAGUUAAGACACACUUUCAAAUUCCUGUAAUUUAGCACUUUGAGUAAGUAAAUUUACAUAUAUUUACAGGAAUAUUUUUAAUAAUCUAAGGAAAUUUAUUUUUUAUCCUUAGGAAAGACUUGGUUCUGCUUUGUAUGAAUAGUACAGAUCCUCUUAUACGCUAGUUAAUUCUGCCUAUUGCCAAAAUUUCUGGAACUUGUCCAUAAUUAAAAUCUUAGGAUCAAUAUCUUAAGGUAAAUCUGGUUUACCGCUUACGAGAAAAAGUUAACUAAAUUUCAAGAAAAAAUCUUGUAUUAUAACUGGCUAACAUAUUCUUAAAUGAUAAUACUUAAAGUUUACUUUCUUUUUAAUUGGUUUGCCAGCUCUUUAUUUUACUUGGAUUUAGAAGUAGCACAUAUGGAAACUCUCAGUAACCAUUCUUUUAGUCUAUAACCAUUGGAAGAAUAAUUGGCAAAUAAUUUUUAAUUAUUUAAUUUUAUUUUUAUUAUACCAGUUUGGGAAAAAUAUCUUCAUAAUAUUGUAUCAGCUUUAUUCAAGCCAUCUAAGAUGAUAAUUUUUUUUAUUUUGAAAGACUAAUUUUAAUCAGGAAUUUUUAAUCAUCUGUCUGAUCUACUUUAUUCAUUGUUACCUAUUUCCACAAAAUUCUAUUUGUUGAAACCAUGAUAUAAGGAUCUUAGAACUUUAAUUGAAUGUUUUUUGUGUUUUCAUCUUUUAAAGUAUUUCUAAGAUAUUAUCAUCCCUUUGAAAAUUGCUGGUUUUCUCUUAUAAUAACCUAAAAGUCAGUGUUUCUCAGGUUUUAUUUGGGAUAUCCGUAUUAGAGUAAAUUAGAGGUGUUUAUUUUUUAAAGGUAGAUUUUGGAUCAUAUUCCAAAUCAGUUUUAGUUGAUCAUUUUGGAAUGAAAUCUAGGUUAUGUUUAUACACAGUAAAAUCUAAGAACUUUUAUGUAGAACUUUGCUCUUGCCAUUAGUACCUUGGGAAAUAAAAACAAACAGUAAUAUAAGUAGAAGCUUUUGUUGUUACUUUUCUAAAAAUAUUUCACUUUGUCCUGUCAGUCUUUUGAGUAGUUUUUAUUAGCUACCAUCCUAUCUUCUAAAGAAACCCUCUGGGAAAAAAUAUUUUGUGGGGGAAAUUGCUAAUUUUGCUUUCCAAAUUUACAGUUGUAUUUUGACACAGUAAUUCUUGCUAGGAGUAAUAUCCAGAUAACUUUUAAUAUAAACAUUUCCAUAGUUUGUUUAACAUGUACAAACCUAGUACUUGGAAUGUAGGAUAGAGGCAACUUAUUUAGGUCCCUCUUGAAGAAGGAGUUUUACCCUUUGUUUGGAAAGUCAUGUCAAUAAAUCAUCUGGUGAUGGUUAUCAUAUCUUAAAUCCCUUUUUCCCCCCAGCUUUCACUAAAACUCUAAAUAGCUGGUAUAUCUUGGGCCAGAUUCUUGCUAGCCUUUUAUAUAUGAUCCUCUGCUUAUUUUCACAAGUUGUAUUAUCUGACUUUGUAAGUUAAGUCCUCAUUGCAGCAUCUGAAUAUACUUCAUUAGUAACUGAUGCAUGAUGCCAAGUUUCAUUUCUGAAGUUAUUAGACAAGAAAGUGGGUGAAAACUUAUUUAAUGCAUUACUAUGGAAAUGGCUAAGGUCUAAGGCUUUAAUACAGAAGAAUACAUCAGAGUUUAAAUCCCAGAUCCCUCAUCUAAAAGCUAAGGUGCAGCUGAUAUUAUAAUUUCUGACUUCACAGAAGUAACUUAAAAGGAGAAAAGCUUUUGAACUGUAAAACAAGAGGUGAUUAUAAAUAUGCCAGUAAAAUAGGUAAAAAAAAUUUGAAACUCAAUUUUCUUAAAAAAUAUUUUGUUCACAUAAUAUUGAAUAAAUGUGGUAUAACUUCCAAUGUUAAGCCACAAAAAAAAAUCAAGUUCUGAUGCACUUUACAAAGUUGUAAGUCAAGGAAUUAUUAAUCAGAAGGUAUCCUAGAAAUCAAUCUAGUAACUUUUCACAUACCAAAUAUUUUGAUAAAUUAUUAGAAGGCAUAAGUGGAGAAGAGUUUAGCUGAUUUAAUUUAAUCAUAGUAUAUUGUUUCUAUACCCAAACAAAACAAGAAAACAGUAACUGAAUACAAAACUGUGGUGUAGCUCAGCUUAUUAUCUGAACUGAAGUAGAUAUCAUGCCAUGAAUGACAAACAGACACCAUAGCGAUUGAUUUAUUCUUCUAGUUCAAUUUAUAAGGAUAUAGCUAUGUACUGAACACAUAUAUUAGAAAAUAAAGCUCACAAAUACUUUGGAAGAGAAAAUAUGCCAAAAAUGCCCAAGUACAAUAAUAGUUCAUUAAUCUGUCAUCACAGUUAAAUGCUAACUUGCAUUAAGUUAAUUCUUCAGGUAACUGAGGCAGAUCCACUUAAUCAUUAUAUCUUAUAAUGGUUUAAUAGGAAAUAUUUGGAAAUGUACUUUCUAACUACCCACUUUCUCUAGAAUACUUAGAAUAUGAUUUAAUAUAUUGUCAUCUUUAGGAUCAUUGUUUCUAUUGUGGGGGUAAUGAACAGAAAUUUACUCUCUGGAACCACUGAAAUAGUAUAUGUCAUGUGCCCAUUUACUACAUGACCCUUCGUUGCUAUGCUUUGUGAGUUAUGUCUGUUUUUUACAGUUUCUAUCUUCCCUUAUAAUCAGCUGUCACUUUUUGCUGCUAUCUUGUGUGCCUGCUUCCUGCACUAGGCCCCUAAAUUUGCUGCUUCUAAUCUGCUGUGGACUGAGAAACCAGAUUGCCAAGCUUGCUAGAAUUGUGUCUAAAAUAAGAGUAAGUAGACUGAAAGAAUGCUAAGGGGCUUCUCUGUCAGUUAAAGUGCAUGGACUUUAUGGUACCUUUUUGGCUGCUUAGCGUACUUUUGUUAGUCUCUUAAUUCUUUACUGAGAAGUUGCUAAAAACACAGAUGCUAAAAAUCACUGUGAUUGCUAUAUAAUUGAAGCAUUAGAGUUCAGUUCUUCUACAUUAAUGUUUCCAGGACUGUUAAUAAAUUUAGCUAUAAAAGAAAAUUUAACUAUCUUUUUGUAAAUCAUUGUGUAUAUUUUAGGAAAAUUUAAAUAUUUUGUUCUUACUCAUUGUUCCUAGUACAGUAUACAUACUUAAACGUAUAAAUGUGACUUCAAUUCUGUUCACCAAGAUAUUCUAGAAAUAUUGGUUUGAGUCUGAACAUGCCUGACCAAUUUAGUAAGACCUGGCUAACUGAAUAUUUGGGGAAUGAGUCAUUCAAGAUAUCCAUGUUUUUAAUGCUUAAACCUCUUUAAGCAUUAAAUUUUGGAAUUAUUUCUGAAGAAAGUCUUUGUGAAACAAUAUGGUUGACAUUUUAAACAAUAUAUAAAGUAUAUUUUAAUCUUUCUUGAUGUCAAAAUGAUCAUUAUUAACAUUAGUUAUACUUUGAUAGACUAGUCAAGCACUCAGAGCUACUUGCCUGAAAUGGCUCCAUUCUGCUAACAUUUUAGAUUAUUGUCUUUGUUUGCUAAUAGUAGUUUUAAAUCCUCCAUUUAUAUUACUGCUUGCUUAAGUAUGCCCAUAGCAGUUGCCUUUCUCCACCUUCAUAAUGCUCCUCCUGAUCCACUUUGGUUUUGGAGACCAGGUGACUAAGACAAAAUGAUGUAUAAUGUAAAAAGUAAAUUGACCCAGAAUGAAGAUUGAACUGAAUUAUACUUAAGUGCAUGGAUUUUGUGACCUCUAUUACUCAUUUCAUUGCUGUCUUUAAAGUGAAGUUACUAGAUUAAAUACCUCCUAUCCAAAUAGAAGAGAUGCUAUUGUACAAAAACUGCCACUUAUUUCCAUACUUUACGGUCUCUGUAUUUCUAGUCCUCUAAUUUUUGACUCUGAUUUAAGCCAGUCCACUGAAUUUAGCAUUCAGUAGUACUUUCUGUUUGAAUUGGAUGCCACAUACUACUAAGAAUCUCUUUGGCUGGGUUGCUUUCUCUUGUUUGAUUUUGUCUUUAUAGAAAUGUAUUUUCACUUCCAAAACAUGCAGUAGGUUGAGCCCUGGAAAAUAAAACAUUCAUUGUUGCUAUCUCAGAGAGAAUUGAGAAAUAAUUAGGUUUUUAGACUAUAGGCAAUUAUUACCACAAAGAAUUUAUUCUUUGAUUAUGUUGAUUAUGUUAAUUUUUAAGAUAAUAUCUUGAUAGUUGCAUUUUCAGUGUCUAUAUUAUCAAUUCAACAUCAGUUGAAUUUUGAUUCCAUUAAAUGUAUGUUAAAAGCUUGCCAAAAGUGAUCAGUGGUAGAUACUCGUUCUAUAUUUUGCACGUUCAAAUUAAUCAAGCAUGGUGAUUUUUCUCUUGCACGAAAAAUAAACAUGAAAUAUAUAUAUAUGUAACAUGUAUGUUACAAUGUUUGCAAGUAAAUAGCAAAUCUGCCAAGGAAGGAUAUAGCCUAGCAUUGAAGAACGUAGUUUUACUAGUAGCCUUUAGUAAUUGUAUGUUGAUUCAUCAUUCCAUCAUAUACAGGGUAAUUGAAAAAUUAUAGCCAUACCUCAGUCAGCUUUCAGUUUUUUUAUGCUACUGAAAAGAAACUAUGGUAUAAUAUUUACUUUAAAAAAAUUAUCCAAACCAAUUUCUUGAAAUGAGACUGCCAUUACAGAACAGAUAGUCAUUAUGCCAAACCUGGGUUGGUGAUAUAAGGAGAAAAGUUCUCUUUGAGUAUAGUUGUGAGGGGAAAGUAAUUCUACUCAGUGCAAUUGCUAUAAACCAAAAAGAGGGCAAAUUAAUUCCAGGAUUCAUACAUACCAAAGUUUUAAUGUGAAUGAGGAAUUGAAUUUGUGGAUGUUCAUGUACUAAAUUAAAAUGCACACUUUUUUAAAGUGUUAUAUACAUUUUAACCGGUUAGCAAUUAGUUUGUUUCAUCUCUGUUACUGAAUUUCAAUGGGUUGUAGAAAU